GAGAGACAGCACCCUGGGGCCAAACGGCCUUUGGCUCUCCCUCCCGCCCAGGGCUCGGGGUUUGAAAGAAAACAAGCGCGGAGGCGCGCAGGGCGGGCGAGCCGCGCGUCCCGGCAGCCUCCGAGCGCGCCGGGCCCGCCCCGCCGCGCUCCGCUGCGCUCUGCCCUUCCGCCACCGGCCCUCGGGCCACCGCCACCGGCCCUGGCCACCGGCCCUGGCCGCCAUCCCUGCCCCGUGGCCCGUCCUGCCCGCUCUCGCUGUGUGUGUGACACGCACGGGUGUCCCCAGCUCUCUGCGGUGUCCCCACCCCAGCCAGCGGGGAAGGGGCUGCUGCGGGACGGGGAAGGAAAGGUUUUGGAUAACUCCACCCGCCGCCGCCUCUCAGCUCCUCCUCCAAGUGAGCAGCCCAGCUGGGAUAUAAGCAAGUCACUCAGACGCCGGGAGCUGCCGCGACAGCUGGGCGGGUGGCGUGGGACAUCGCGCCGUGACCUGAGCCGUGCUCCUUCGCCUCGACCGCCGGACCCCAUGGCGACGCCUUCGCAGAAAAGGAGCACCCGCAGCGGGGCUUCGGGGACCCCCUUGUCCCCCACGCGCAUCACCCGGCUGCAGGAGAAGGAGGACCUGCAGGAGCUCAACGACCGCUUGGCCGUGUACAUCGACAAGGUGCGCUCGCUGGAGCUGGAGAACGCCGGCCUGCGGCUCCGCAUCACCGAGUCCGAGGAGGUGGUGAGCCGCGAGGUCUCGGGCAUCAAGGCUGCCUACGAGUCGGAGCUGGCGGAUGCCCGCAAGACCUUGGAUUCGGUGGCCAAGGAGAGAGCUCGGCUGCAGCUGGAGCUCAGCAAAGUGCGGGAGGAGCACAAGGAGCUGAAAGCCCGGAAUGCCAAGAAGGAAGGGGACCUGCUGACUGCCCAGGCACGCCUUAAGGACGUGGAGGCUUUGCUCAACUCCAAGGAGGCCGCGCUCUCCACGGCCCUGGGUGAGAAGAGGAAUCUGGAGAAUGAAGUGCGGGACCUGAGGGGACAGUGGAAGAUGAGAUGCUGGGAAACAUAA